UCCCUAUGCAAAGAUGGAGAUCAGAGCAUGCGAGAUUUUGUCAACACAGCCGUAAAACUUCCCUUCUGUUAUGGAUUCUCGUUUGUAAUUUCUUUUAAAAUGAAGUAAGAAAAAAUUAUUCUUAUUAUAACAUCACAAAUAUGUAAGCAUUAAAAAAUGGGAUCGAAUGCAUCUGUUUUGCAAUGGCACUGCAGAAAUUGUACAUCCAUCAACCCAACAGAGAGAGGAUCAUGUUUAGUGUGUGGAGAUCGUCGCAGGCCGACGGAUUGCCCGAAAGUAUUGUCGGAAAUUCCUCGUCGGAGCAAAAUAAACGGAUCUUCACAUUCCAAGAAUCACAAUCAGGUAUCUCGUUCACAAAAAAAGGAAGUAGAAGAGAUAGAAUUAUCAUAUAUUGUUUGCGCCCCUACUCCAGACAGAUCAGUGAACUCUGUAACAGCUGAUGAUCAAAAUAGAUUCUCACCAAAAGCAAAACUUAGAGUUAAAAAAGACAAGUUAAAGAAGGCGGUAUCAACUACAAACGAAAGUCAUAAUGGAAUCCCAGUUAAAAACCGGAGUGUUAGCUGGCAUGGCAUGCCACUACUUGAUAUCAAUCAAGCAUCAGGACUAGCACUAUCUCAAUUAUUUGUUAAUCUUGCAGAUUCUAUCAAAGAAGAAGGUGGCAGUGAUCUCAAAUUAUCUGCUACCGACGAAAGGAAAAAAGAUAAAGUAAAUUUUUUAGAAAAAACAUUUGUCAAGUGUAUAAGGAAAAAGACGCCGAAAUGGAAAUGCUCUCAGUGCUAUUUUCUCAAUUUGGAAACCUGUUCCGAAUGUGUUAUAUGUGCUUCUCGGAAGGGAGAGAUUUCCGACUCUAGCAGCAGUGCAGAUUACGAUCUGCCAUCCACUCCCACUCUUGAUUCAGGUGUAGAUACACCGUCUAGUCACAAUGCAUCUGCUCAAAACACCGAUUAUGUUUUCCGUUGGUUCUGUCAUCACUGUCACAAUUACAAUCCUUCCAUUACUGAAAGCUGCAUACUUUGCAAUUGCAAGAGACGUCGCAAUGAUCUCAAAAGUAAACCAUUUGAAGAUCUGAGACAUUUUGGAGCUUAUGGAAUCUCACCCCAGAAAGCAUUAUCUAAAUUAAACCAAUUACAAAACGCUUUUCUAAGAAAUGACGUAAAUGACCCAUUUGCAGCCAGCCAGUUCAUAUCACCGAGACAUCUGCCAAAACUCGAUAGUAAAUGGACUUGCGAAAAUUGUCAAUUUCUAAACAUCUCAUCCACUAAUCAGUGUAUUAUAUGCGAGACGGCUAAACAUAGUAAUGCUACUUACGUUUGUUCAAAUGAGUUAACAGAUUUUCUCAAUUCUCAGUCUGUACCCGCUAAAAGAACGGAACUGUCACAUAAUCGUUCACCCAAGAGGCAGCGGUCGGCUCAAAAAAGAAAUAGAGCAAAACUUAGUCGUCAUAAUUCUGAUGGCACCUCUUCUUCACCUCGGGAACAAACAGAAAAUAAAGAUAAUCCUGCUGUAAAUGGUGCACAUUCGGCCGAUGAUGUUAUGCUUGUUGACCCCGAAGCAGAGAAUGAAGUUCCAUGGGCUUGUAAACGAUGCACAUAUGAAAACUCGGGUAGUUUAAAUCGAUGCGAAAUUUGUGAAACACCUAGGAAGCCAAAUAUUCCAACAACUUUACCCCGUAAUGCUUUUAGCUUAGGUUACCUUUCAGAGUUGAAAAACUCUCUAAAUAGUUCAGUGGACAACCAAAGUAGAAGCCCCCCUCUUUCUAGAAGAAGCAAGUCCUUUUCAGAGGUUCCCAACAGUGCACCUUGCAAACCUAUACCCAUAAAGAAAGAACCACUAAUGAAUGGGCACAACGCUGAUUUGUCUUCUCCCAAAACGGAUGUUUUAUGUGGUGAUGAUUUAACCAGAAUGUCUUCAUCGGAAGAAACCUGGGUGUGCAAUGCAUGCUCUUUUACGUUCAAUCCUGGUUGGGCCACAACAUGCCAAAGCUGUAACACUGCUUCUGGAGCUGCUGUCAACUCAAACAGAAAUGUUGACAGCAACGGUGAAGUCUAUUCUCGCAGCAGUUCUGCAGAAUCUGGUCGUCAUUUGAGUCAACUGUUGGGCGUUCCAGUUGUGGAUCAAUGGACGUGUGUAAAGUGUACUCUGAUCAACUCAUCUAAUGAGAGAUUCUGUUGUGCUUGCGGUGGUUCUAAAUUGAAUAGCACAAGUAACAAACAGUUUAAAACUCUUAAACCAAACGAAAGUUGGAUAUGUUCUGUUUGUACUCUUCGAAAUCAUCAUUCACUCACUGAAUGCAGGGUUUGCAGUACAUCAAGGUACGAAUCAGAUAAUUCUAAUAAUCACCAGAUAGCAAAUAGAACGCUUAGGCAUCGAUCAAGUAAUCAGUGUGAUAGUUGGGAGUGUUCGUCUUGCACUUUCAUUAAUGCUUCUGAUAAAGUAAUGUGCGAAAUGUGUCAGACAUCUCGAAGCAUAAUAUCUUUAAGACCUGACUCUGCAAGACCAAAUUCUGCUUCUUGUCAUGGUGAGAGUGAGCUUACAGAAGAGUUAAGAAAUAUUGAAGAAAACUUUGCCAGAUUGCAGUGGCAUGAAAUUAUUACUUUUUGUAAACAAAAUAAUGAACUAUUUAUUGAUGACUCUUUCCCUCCCCUGCCAAAAUCUUUGUAUUAUAAUCCUGAUGAACCUCGUGAUGAAUCAGUUGACCAAUGGUUGAGGCCAAAUGAAAUAACUUGUGAUCCUUAUGAAGAACAAAUAAAAUGGGCUGUCUUUCGAACUCCAAUGCCUUCUGAUAUUUCACAAGGUAUUCUUGGAAAUUGUUGGCUGUUAAGUGCAUUAGCUGUGUUAGCAGAGAAACCAGAAUUAGUAGAACAGGUGAUGGUUACUAGAACUAUAUGCCCACAAGGAGCAUACCAAGUGCGUUUAUGUAAAGAUGGUUGUUGGACUACUGUUUUAGUAGAUGACCUUUUGCCUUGUAAUUCACGUGGUAAACUGCUAUAUUCUAAGGCCAAAAGGAAACAAUUAUGGGUGCCUUUAAUUGAAAAAGCUGUUGCUAAACUUCAUGGCUGCUAUGAAGCUCUUGUAUCUGGUCGUGCUAUUGAAGGAUUGUCUACUUUAACUGGUGCUCCGUGUGAAAGUAUACCUUUGCAACCUUCAUCUAUCCCAAAUGAGGAAGGUAUUGAUCAUGAUUUAAUAUGGGUGCAAUUAUUGAGCUGUCGUGAUGCUGGGUUUUUGAUGGGUGCCUCUUGUGGUGGAGGAAAUAUGCAAGUUAAUGAUCAAGAUUAUCAUGCUGUUGGUCUUCGACCAAGACAUGCUUACUCAGUAUUAGAUGUACAAAGUAUUCAAGAACUGAGGUUAGUGAGAUUACGUAAUCCUUGGGGACAUUAUUCAUGGCGAGGAGAUUGGUCAGAUGGUUCUCCGCUGUGGACUCCAGAGUUGCGAGAACAACUGAUCCCGCAUGGAGCUGAUGAAGGAGUAUUUUGGAUGUCUUUCCAAGAUGUUCUAAAGUACUUCGAUUGUAUUGACAUCUGUAAAGUAAAAUCAGACUGGAAUGAAGUACGUCUUCAAGGAGUUUUACCACCUCACACAGAUAAAGAAUGUUUGGCUGUUACAGCACUAACUGUUCUUGAUGCAACAGAAGUGGAAUUUAGUUUAUUCCAAGAAGGACAAAGAAAUGCUGAGAGGUCACAAAGGUCCCAACUUGAUUUGUGUGUUGUCGUUUUUCGAACUUCUGAUCCUUCUAGGGGGCAAGUUGGAGCUCUAGUUAAGCACAGUAAAAGACAAGUUCGAGGAUUUGUAGGUUGUCAUGCAAUGCUUGAGCCAGGAAUGUAUAUUGUUGUUUGCUUGGCUUUCAAUCACUGGCAUACUAGUUUAAAUACUUACGAACAAUAUCCGAGGUUUUUACUGGCUAUCCACAGCUCCAAACGUUUAUUGGUGGAGAAAAUUCUUCCAAUGCCACAUAUUCUGGCAGAUGCAAUAAUUCUGCUAACAGUGGCUAAAGGACAACGCCAUGAGGGUAGAGAGGGCAUGACUGCUUAUUACCUCACAAAAGGCUGGGCAGGCCUAGUUGUAGUUUUGGAGAACAGACUUCCUGACCGGUGCAUUCAAGUCAUAUGUGAUUGUUCUGAGAGCAUGAAUGUUGUUUCCACUCGUGCCACUUUACGCACAGUUGAUAGCAUACCACCACUUCACAGGCAAGUGAUUAUAGUACUCACUCAAUUGGAAGGUAGUGGGGGAUUUUCAAUUGCACAUCGUCUCACCCAUCGUGUUUCAUAUAGUGGUGGACUUCAUGAUUGGGGUCCACCAGGGACAAAUCAUGUGCCCCCAAUAGACCGAAAAGUGUUUGGUCUCCAUGCACCUCGGCCCCUGUGACAUGUUCUCAAAGCUAAAAUAAAUCUGAAAAUUGUGAUACAGUUCCAGUUACAAUGGAUCUCAUGCAUGAAAUUUAUUUUUUAAUUUUAUUUUACAUUUUGUAUAUGGAGAGGAACAGUAAGAAGCAUGUUACUGUUGGAAAACUAUAAUAGCCUAUUUUUCAAGCUUCUCUAGUGGAAUGUGAUAGUAAAUGCUAUUAGCAUGCAUUUCUGUAAGUGAUUCAUUAAUGGGGAAUAUUGAUAAUUCCCUCCUGAACUCUUCCGUGGUUUGUAUUUAUUAAAACAAUAUACAAAAUGUUUAAAGAAUUCUUAAGAAAACUGAUUUGAAUGAAUUGUUUUAAUUCUUGAAUGUUAGAAUCUAUUUAUUGGUGCUUUUAAGCUAAAUAAACAUGUUUGUAUAGUUUAAUUAUAAAAGCAAAACAGGAGCUUCCAUUUUUUUAACCAUAAAAAUGAAUUAUCUUUGAUAUAAAAAUUUGCAGGUGAAAUGAAUUUCAAAUUACAUUAUCUAAUCUUUCUGAAAGCUAAGGUGGAAAUGAAUAAUAGGUGCUAAUUUAAAGUAACUGGUAAUCACAUCUAUAUAAUACUCAGUAUAAAUUAUCACUAAGAAUAACUCUAAAAAAAGUUUUUAUUUAAAAAAAAAAAAAAGCAAAUUUCUGUUAAUUCAAAAUUGUGUGAAAAAAAUUCCUUCCAUUAUAUAAAAAUGAUGCAAUUUCAGUCUUUCUACUCGAAUUGCAUGAUUGUUGAAACAUUUUUAAUCUGGAAACAAAACUAAUGGAAAAUUGUUGUAAAAUAACACUGCAGUUCUUAUAAUUUUCUAUCUAUAACUGGUAAAUUUUUCAGCCUUCUACUUUUUAAAAAUUAUAUAAAUUUAAAUCAUAAUAGCACAAAAAAAUACUUUAGUAUUUUAAGACUUCAAAACUAAUACAUAUAAUUAAUAAAAAUUUUUAGCACAAUAUGAGUUAUAACUGUCAUUGCUGUUGUGAUUUGAAGGGGAAAAAAAUGCAUUGUUACAGGAAUGCUAUUGUUUCUAAUGUGUGAUUUUAUUUUAACAGUAUUUUUAAGACUGAUUGAAACUACUUACUUUAUGAUAUUGAGAGAAUCAAAUUGUAUGUUUGUAUUUAUUUGUUUUUAUGAGUGCCAUUAUUGAGUUGUAUAUACUAAGGUUUUGUAUAUGUUAAACAGAAAUGUGCACUAAAGCAUGUCAAAGAAAUGUAUAUAUAUUUAUUUGAAACAUUGAAAAGCUUUAUCAUAUAUUUAUUAUAAAUAUUGCUGGAAAAUUUAGAGUCACUAUUUCACAAAUUGUGUUAUUAAAUUUAGAAAUUAUAAAUAGUUACGAAAUGUAAAAUGACAGUAAUGUUGCUGUUAGAUAAUGAGUGCCUAUCACUUGUUGCUGGAACUGGAUUGUUUUAAUUUUUUAAAAAUUUUCCCUUUGUUUGUAUAUUUUUUUAAAUUAUAGAUGUUUUAUUGUUUUAACUUCUCAUUUUAAUGCAACUCUUGGAAUUUUACACCAAGAUUGUUUGUAAUAUUUAUGUCUGUUUCUUUUUUUUUUACACCUUUUGAUUUCAAAGAGUCUCAUUUUGUAUCCUUUCUUGCCAAAUUUUUAUUUGUUUUUAUGCGUUAAUUGUAUAUAAUAAAACUUUUGUGAAUAUUA